AUGGCGACCGAGCUGGCGUACGCGCCGCCGAUGAAGGCAGGCAAGGAGGGGUUCAAGGGGACGGAGGAGGCGCAGCACAGGAUCCGCAUUACCCUCUCCUCCAAGAGCGUCAAGAACCUCGAGAAGGUCUGCGCCGAUCUGGUUAAGGGAGCCAAGGACAAGAGCCUCAGGGUCAAGGGCCCCGUCAGGAUGCCCACCAAGGUGCUCAACAUCACCACCAGGAAGUCCCCCUGCGGAGAAGGUAUCCUUUUGAAGCUAUAAAGGUAGUUACUUCAGAAGUUCAGAUGGAUAUGUUCUGCUGCUGGAGGGAAUCCCCAGGCGUGAUUCGUGGGAGGUUAUAUUGUUGCAACAUGGAGUACUGGACUCAGCUAUGGGGUGGGUCUCUACAAAAUUAUAAUUGGUAAUGUGACAAUAGUAUUGAAGACUUUUGGAUGUUUGGACCGUUCAUCUGUGAUUCUUGGUUGCUUUGCUAAUUGAUCCUUUAUGAAAGUGUGGUUUCUUUC